AUGGCCAAUAUUAGCCAGUGCCAGUAUCUUUUGUCAUCGAUAUCAGCAGAGUCUUUCACUGGUCCUGGUGUUUCCUUAGAGAUUCAGAUGAUGGAGCUAUGGUGGUGGCUUCAAGGGGAUUGCCGUUGCUCUAAGGAUGCCAUUUGUACUCGAGUUGAAUCGCCUGCAGGAUCAGGAUUUCGGUGCCAGUGCAGAGAAGGACUAAUUGGUGAUGGAUAUCUUGCCGGGGUCGGCUGCCGGAAAGGUUGCAAUCCUGCAAAGCAUUUGUCUGGCCAAUGUGGAGGGGGGCUAGAGGAGCUGUUUUACUUGGAGGCACUAGUAGGGAGCAUUGUAGCUGGAGUUGGUGUCAGUCUGGGCCUAUUUUGCUGUCUCAUACGGAGGAAUUCCACUUCAAAAGUCAAAAACUUCAGAAAACUCCACCUAGCUGAAGCUGCUGACAUCAGCAUUCCUAUCUAUCCCUACAAAGAAAUAGAGAAGGCCACCAAUAGUUUCUCAGAGAAACAAAGAAUUGGAACUGGGGCUUAUGGAACUGUUUAUGCCGGAAAACUCAACAGUGAUUCAUGGGUUGCCAUUAAGAGGAUCAAACAUAGAGACAUGGACAACAUUGAGCAGGUCAUGAAUGAAAUCAAGCUUAUUUCUUCUGUGAGUCACCCGAAUUUAGUUCGCCUCUUAGGUUGCUCCAUAGAAAAUGGUGAGCAAAUUCUUGUCUACGAAUUCAUGCCUAAUGGGACAUUGUGCCAGCAUUUACAAAGAGAAAGAGGCGAUGGACUUGACUGGCCAGUUCGCCUCGCUAUUGCUACUGAAACUGCUAAAGCUAUAGCCCAUCUCCACUCUGCUAUUGAUCCCCCGAUAUACCAUAGAGAUAUCAAGUCGAGCAACAUACUUUUAGACUACCACUUCAAGUCCAAAGUUGCAGAUUUUGGUCUUUCUAGACAUGGCAUGACUGAAAUAUCCCACAUCUCUACUGUCCCACAAGGAACUCCAGGGUACCUUGAUCCUCAGUACCAUCAAAACUUCCAUCUUUCAGACAAAAGUGACGUUUAUAGCUUUGGUGUGGUUCUCGUUGAGAUCAUAACAGCGAAGAAGGUGGUGGACUUUUCUAGGCCUCAGAAUGAAGUGAAUUUGGCUGCUCUUGCUGCUGACAAGAUUGGCAAGGGGCGAUUGGAUGAGAUCAUAGAUCCAUUCCUUGAUUUACAUGGUGAUGCUUGGACCUUUUCUUCAGUUCAUAAAGUGGCAGAACUGGCAUUUAGAUGCCUCGCAUUUCAUAAAGACAUGCGGCCUUCAAUGAUGGAAGUUGCAGCAGAAUUAGAGCAAAUAAUGCUUAGCAGAUGGGCAUCCUCAGAUGAAAUAAAUUGCGCAACUUCAUUAGAAUUUUCCCCUUGCUCUUCUGCAUCUAAUGUCAGCGAGAAGCCUCUAAACUUGACAGUCAGAAAAACAGAAACAGAGAGAAGAGGUUUGUUCAUGCUGCAGACACGGGCCAGUAGAAAGUCAACGGAAAGGGUCGACCAUAAUUCACCUGUUUCUGUUCAAGAUCCAUGGUUAAGUGAACAAAGCUCACCUUCGUCAAGCAGUUUGCUAAAUAACGUUACAGUGAAGUGA